UCAAAAGUAGUGGCGUGUACUUUGUUCAGCGUUGUGUGCAGAGCUCACACCUCCUCCUACCCCGCUUGUGGUUUAAAGAAGAGGAUGUAAAAUAAACCACAUUUGCUACCAGACGGUCAGUGAAGCUCCACCCUGCAGACGACAUGAAGUCAACGCUGCUGCUCGUCUUGUUGUUGACGGUCUCCAGGACAUCUGCCCACAGUCGUGCCCAUGUGACCGUCAGCCCCUACAUGUCUCAGUUUAGAGAGUACAGGAAGAUUACUGUGAGCUGUGAGCACAGCUCCGGUGAAUGGACAGUGUGGAGAUACACAACCGGUUCAGAUCAAGUUUUCUCCCAGUGUGGUGAUGGCUGGGGCGACCAGCAGCCCUCCGCCUGCCUCAUACUGACCACCAAACAGUCCGACAGCGGCGUGUACUGGUGCGAAUCCAAACACAGAGACUGCAGCAACACCAUCAACAUCACCAUUGGUGGAGCAGUGAUCCUGCAGAGUCCUGUCCACCCUGUGAUGGAGGGAGAUGAUGUCACUCUCACCUGUACAACAAAGACCUCCAUCCUCUCAGCUGGUUUCUAUAAAGAUGACUCCUUCAUCAGGACUGAGCCUACAGGUCACAUGACCAUCCACCAUGUUUCCAGGUCUGAUGAAGGAUUCUACAAGUGUAACAUCAGCAGUGAUGGAGAGUCUCCACCCAGCUGGCUGGGGAUGAAAGAAUACUCUCCCCCAGCCUUGCUCUCAGUGUCACCUGACUCAACACAGCUGCAUGAGUAUGAGAACAUAAUUCUGACCUGUGGUGACAACAGCCACUCUCACGGCUGGAGGGUCAUGAGGGCUGUAAACACCACCACCUCGCGUGGCAAGCUGACCCUUCAAACCUGCGGAACGAAUUGGGGAAGUACCACCAAAGAUGGCUGCGCCCUCCCAACAGUCAAGAAGACUGACAGCGGAGUUUACUGGUGUGAGUCUCCUGGGAGGCAGCGGAGCAACUCUGUCCACUUGACGGUGGUCGAUGAAGGACUGAUCCUGAGGAUUCCUGUCCUCCCUGUGAGGACGGGAGAAAAUGUGACUCUGACCUGCAGAAACAAGACCUCCAACCUCUCAGCUGGUUUCUAUAAAGAUGGCUCCCUCAUCAGGACUGAGCCUACAGGUCACAUGACCAUCCACAAUGUUUCCAGGUCUGAUGAAGGACUCUACAAGUGUAACACCAUCAGGGGUCAUGGAGCAUCUCCAUCCAGCUGGCUGUUUGUUUUAGAUCCUCAGGACACGGCCUCAUCCACCUGGCUGCCUGUGCUGAAAGGGAUCUGCUACUUUCUGAAGAUCACUCCGUACUGCAUCUCCACUUACUUAAUGGUGCCGUUACUUCGUCAGAUGCUCACAGGAAGGAAGCCGGCGGUUUUAAGAGAGGAUGGCGAGGAGGUGGACCAGCCGUAUGAUGACGUCACCACCGAGCAUCAUUUCUGAGACGAACUGAUUCUCUUGUAUUGUUUGUCAAAGUUUAUAUUUUGUAAUAAAAUUAAAUGUUGGGCUUCA